UUGAGAGUGAAUGCAACUGUUGUCAGAUAUCUGCAGAACGUUGAGAAACGUGAAAAGGCUGAAACCGCAGAGAAUAUCGAGACGUCGAUUAGAGAAAAACGAUAAUCAAAUAGCAAUUAUUUUUCUUUUUUUGGAGCGCAAAAAUGGUCAAGGAACGUGCCCAAGCAAUUUCAAUUGCAAAUCGUUAUUUUAUGUUGGCCGAUGAAAUGGCUCCCAAUUUUAAGGAUCAUCUUACAGAGCAUGUUGUACUCAAAUGGUUCGGGCAGGUGAUUAAAGGAAAAGAAAACGUAGCUGCCUUUUUACUGUCCAAUGAAAUAAAAACUUUUCACACGUUUUCUGAUAUUAUGCCAAUUUCGGAUAUUUCUUACAAACAGUCAAAUCGGAAGAUAAAACGGUCCUUGGAUCAAAACGCUAAGUGCGAAACCUACACAAGCAAUUAUUUACGCGAAGCACCGGCUAUUUCUUCACACGAGAUUGAAAUGUCAAUGACCUGUGAAAACGUAAAAGAUUAUGAUAAAAAGAGUAAUGCGAACGACAGAGCUGUCAUACAUAACGCAGCUAGUAACGAAUAUGAAUCACAAAAAUAUCUAGACAAACAUCUAGACGACAAUCUAGAACAAUAUCUAGAAGACAAACUAAGAAUAUUCGCAGAUCGCGACGACGUGAAUGUCAUUACAGACGUAAAUAAAAAUGAACUUAGUGCGAAUGCAAUCGCCGGGAUGGAUGGCAAGAGUUAUAGUCUUAACAAGAACGAUCUCUGUAAUCUUUUCGAGCCCGAGAUUAUGUCUCAGCCCAUCGUCGGGAAGAUACAGAACAUUAAUAGGAUAAAAUUGAAAGAGGAAAUGGCACCAACCAUCAGAGCCAUCAACAGAGAGUGCGGUCAAGGAGAUGGACCUGUUACUGAAGCUAACGCGACUAAGUACCUGGAAGCGAACGGAGAAAUAAAAUUUGUACAAAUGGCUGCACAAGCAGAUUCCUUGUUUUUAUAUCAUUGGUCAAAACUAGGGAAGAAAAAGUAUUGGACACGACAAUGCAAGCUGCAGAUCGCAUAUUCAUUAAUCGACAAUUGUUCGCCGACAGUUACUAGAAAAUGUUACAGUGCACAAGAAAAUGCUUGUGAACAAGCUGAAGCUCGCAUGUCGGACCUAUCAGCUAAGGUACGCCACGAUGCGAAUGAAAUACAAAAAAGUAAAGUGCCAAGUUUGGAAGAGGCAAUCCAAGCUAGUAAUAUAUCAAUACAGGACGUAAAUAAUUUCGGUGGUUACUUGAAACCCUUAAACUUUUUAGAGGAUCGUGAAAAUUUUUUAAAAACUUUUGAAGCCACAAUAAAGGAUUGCGAUAUAAAUUUGCGCAUUUAUUGCAACAACAAUAAAUUGAUUUGCGAUUUUUUAAAUAGAAAACCACUUGAGGUUACAUAUCAAAUUCACGAGAUCGUUUAUAAGAGAGUCGAAGCAAAUACACAUAGCACAAAAAUAAACAGUGCAGGUACAAAAUAAAACUAUCGCACAUGUUUGCGGUUAAAAGGCAGUUGCAUAUGUUUGGUCUUAGUUAGAUAAUAUUGUCAGGUGAACCAAUUGGAUACGCCUGGGUGAAUUGUCAUUCGUAACAGGUAAAGUCUGUUUCCUGUGUUAACCUAAAAGCUAUUUAAAUUCUUACAAGGUUAACACUUUGUACACACGAUUCAAAAAUUUUGUUUUGCAAAUUUCUUUGAAAUUAAGAAACCUGUAAUUAAUAACAACAUUUAUAUACAAUUUUAUUUUUUAAAUAAUUUUACAAAUACUAAAGAUGUUAAAGAUGUAUGUAAGUCAUUGAAACAUUUUUUUAUUUGUAAAAUAAUUUACUUGUAAAAAUAAUGAAAUCCUAAUUUAUCGUAAUUGUCAUGAUCCAAUGCGUGUAGAAAAAGUUCCGAAAAACAACGUGUGUACACAGUGUUAAAAAGACAUUUUAAGCUUGUAAAUUUGUAACAAUUUUUUUGAAAUUACAUAAUAAUUAAUUAGUAUGCACUGCUGCGAAAGUACCAAAAUGCAUAUGAUUCACAUUAUGAGAUGAUCUCGGUC